CUUUGUUGUGAGCUCAGGACAGCAGAGUUUGCUGCUCCUCAGCAGCCUUGCAGAGUUUGGGCUGAUCACUAGGAAGGCAGCAGAAAGAGAAACUCGGUUCGAAGUUCACCUGGAGCCUUUGGUCUCCUCCUGUUCCCAGUCUAAGAAGGAGUGGGACAUUCAUCUGUCCUCCGUCGCACUCCAGGGGCUCCCCCAUGAAGGCAACUUGCUGGAUCCUGGCAGGUUUUUACCUGCUUUUCUGCUGCAGGGCAGAAGAGGGACUGAACUUCCCCACUUACGAUGGGAGAGACAGGGUGAUCGACCUGAACGAGAAGAACUACAAACAGGCCCUAAAGAAGUAUGAAAUGCUCUGCCUGCUCUUCCAUGAGCCCGUGAGCUCUGACAAGGUUUCCCAGAAGCAGUUCCAGAUGACAGAGAUGGUCCUGGAGCUGGCAGCUCAGGUCCUGGAGCCCAGGAGCAUUGGCUUUGGGAUGGUGGACUCCAAGAAGGAUGCCAAACUUGCUAAAAAGCUGGGCUUGGUUGAAGAGGGAAGUCUCUAUGUCUUUAAGGAUGAGCGCUUGAUUGAAUUUGAUGGGGAACUGGCCACAGAUGUCUUGGUGGAAUUCCUUUUGGAUCUGCUUGAAGACCCUGUGGAGGUCAUCAACAGCAAGCUGGAGCUCCAGGCCUUUGAUCAAAUCAAUGAUGAAAUCAAACUCAUCGGCUACUUCAAAGGAGAAGAUUCUGAACAUUACAAGGCAUUUGAAGAAGCUGCUGAACACUUCCAGCCAUAUGUCAAGUUCUUUGCCACCUUUGACAAAGGGGUUGCCAAGAAGCUAGGUCUGAAGAUGAAUGAGGUGGACUUCUAUGAACCAUUUAUGGAUGAGCCUGUUCACAUCCCUGAUAAACCUUACUCAGAGGAGGAACUAGUUGAAUUUGUGACGGAGCACAAAAGGGCCACCUUGAGGAAACUGCGCCCAGAGGACAUGUUUGAGACAUGGGAGGACGACAUGGAGGGAAUCCACAUUGUGGCAUUCGCUGAAGAAGACGACCCAGAUGGGUUUGAGUUCCUGGAAGUCCUGAAGCAGGUUGCCAGGGACAACACUGAUAAUCCUGACCUGAGCAUUGUCUGGAUUGACCCUGAUGACUUUCCUCUGCUGAUCACUUACUGGGAGAAGACCUUUAAUAUCGACCUGUACAGACCACAGAUUGGGGUGGUGAACGUCACAGAUGCUGACAGCAUCUGGAUGGAGAUCAGUGAUGACGAUGACCUGCCCACGGCCGAGGAGCUGGAGGACUGGAUAGAGGAUGUGCUUUCUGGGAAGAUAAACACUGAAGAUGAUGACGAUGACGACGACGAUGACGACGACGACGAUGACGAUAAUGAUGACGACGACGACGAUGACGACGAUGACGACGAUGACGACGACGACGAUUAACUGUGACUGUGCAGUUUGACUUGUGGGAGGCUGAGAGCCCCCCCCUUCCCCCGCGGCAGGUCCCUCCAUCGGAAGACCUGUGUUUGAGCGUCAGCAAGCACCGCUGCUCCUCUUCCCCUCUCCUCCCCCCCUCCCCCGUUUCUCUCCCCCCGCCCCUGCCCUCGCCGGGACCCCCCAGCCUGAUUCUCAGUGGUGCUGAGCCCCAGCGGCAGCACCGCUGCCAAUCAUGCCUCCUUAGUAAGGACUAUAGGAAUCUGCAGGGAAUCCGCGCCCAGUGCCCCAGGGCAGGAGAAAAGUGCCUGCCCGCUCGCUGCCAGAGGGACACAGGGAGGCAAUUUGUAUUUCCCGUGCUCAUCGGCCCAGCACUUAACAUCCAAAGACCAAAUCUCACCUCAAGACAUAGGGAAGGCCACUGUAAAACUUCAGUCCUUUUAUUAAACACGAUGCCCUUUGCAGCUACUCUGCCGAGACCACUCCAUCCUGCGAGUUGUGCUGUGGGAAGUCUGUGACUACUCAUUAGCAUGCUAGGAGCAGCAGAAAGCUUGGGGAGGGGAGGAAGGUUUUAAGGAUGCUAUUUAAGUUUUCAGUGAUUCUGUAUAACAACAGAAUAUUCUUGUCUGGCAGUGCAAUGCAAAACCAAACACCCUGAACCUCUUUCUUCUUGAAAGCUCAGGCCAAAGGUAGGUUAAAUGCAAGUGCUGUGAUAUGGGAUGUCAAAGCUUGGGAGUACCUGAACUGAUGGAAAGGCUGAUCCAGGUCUGAGCACAAAUUAUUGAGGCUGAGGAUCACAGCAUUGAGCCAGACAAUUUGUCUCAGCCCCAAAGAAACACCAGAGCAGACCAUAGGCCAGUUCCAAACAUCUGCAGCCAAGUCUGGGCUGGAACAGAAUUGAAGGUGGUGCAUGUGAGAUAAACAGCAUACUCCUUCCUGCCAGUGGAAAUUUUCAGUCUACCUUGAGGCACUCCAAUUUCCCAUAACCUUCCAGAUUUAGAUGACUUUUAAUCCAAAGCCUACCCAGCAUCUUCUCCCAUGACCAAGACAUUGGGAGAGAGAACAGCCAUCCAACCAUAGUAGAUGCUGGAAAAUGAGAAUUGGGCAAUGAGCAGUGAAAGGAUUCAAGCUGUUUGUCUUUUAAAUGUUCAGUUGCACAGUUACUCCCUCCUUAGAGACUGGGAUGUCCCAUGGUAGCCCACAAGAAGCCUCUUUUGACUGCAGACUGAGGAGGAGCUCAGCACACCAGUUGGCAGUCAAGAGGGUCACUCACAAAUCCAAGACUCAGCAGCAAUUCAGUCCUGGUGAGCGCAGCACCAUCCGUGUGCAGGUCACUGUGACAGUGUUAGGUGUCCCUGCUUCCCCAUGCUGGCAGAUUUUAAUUGUCUUAGCUUCUUAGGUUUGACAAUAGUGCAAUGAAUGGAGAGUUUGGAAAUGUUUUUAUCCUUAUAAAUUUAUAAAUAUGUUCUCCAGUCGUUCAGACUUGUUAGCAUAGGCAGGGUACACAUAUCCUUUCUUGCUACAGACAAAAAAAACAUUGUUCUGACCUUUCUUGUACUGGCUUACGUCAGAGGUAAGUGAUGUUAGGGGAAAUAACCGUGCAAGGGACAGUAGAAUUUGAGGUUGUUACACAAAUGUGAAUCAGUCUGAUGAGAAACAAGGUUUACACAUGAUAUAUUUCCUUUAUCAGAUGAACUGCAAAGCCAGAUUUUAUAGACUUCUUUUUUUUUUCCUGCCUGUUGAUCAGUCUCUUUGACUCUCUAUCUAUGUUAGCUGAAAUAGAAAUUUGAAACUACUGGUACAAAAAAGCUGAAGUACUGGUAUAUUCCUACAUGUGCCAUAUCCUCUUGGUGGUAAGUGCCAACAUGAACAAUACACAGCUGGAUAUCUCUGUAUCUUUAUGUA